UGACUCGGCUGCUUUUCGCUGAGCUACAUCGGCCAAGCCAAGCGCAUACCGUAACUACAUGCCAGAUGAUGCACUGAGGGUGGUUAAUAAUAACGACCACCCGCUAUGCAGUGCUGGUGCUCGAUGCACGGCUUGUAGGAAUCUGUUUGGUAGAAUAGACUGAGUCUAGAUAUCAGGAAGCUGAAGAAAAGAGAACUGUGAGAGCAGACAGACAGGAGGCCACGGUUCCCCCUCACACACAUACAUACAUCACCACGGCCUUGAUGGUGAUGUAUGCAAGGAAACCAACAAGAGUCAGCGAUGGGUGCAACGACAGAAGGGAUUCACAAUCCUAUCAGACCCAUAAAUCUCAGCCAAAGAGCCAGUCCAGCAGCCUUCACCGUUACGACAAGGUGCGCGAUGGUUCAUCGGACCCCACGCCCCCUUACAAGAUGCUGCGACGCUCAGACGAAAGUCCUGUCAGCAGACAUGGAGACGGCACAGGACAUGGAAAGGCAAAAACCUCUCACACAGUUAGAGGAAAAAAUGGGACCAGCGGCUCUCCUCAGGAGAACUCUCACAACAACAGCUCCCACCAUGGCUCCGACUCGCAAGCGACUCAGAGCAAGCCUGCAGACAGGCACCAGGACCCAGCAGAUGACUGGACUGAACACAUCAGCUCCUCUGGGAAGAAAUACUACUACAACUGUAGAACUGAGGUCUCCCAAUGGGAGAAGCCCAAGGACCUGUUGGAGAGAGAACAACGACAGAAAGACUCAGUCAAGAUGGCGGCGAACAGUUUCCCCAGGGACAUGGACUACAGACAAGAGGCCUUGCAGGACAAAGCCACAACAAAGACCACAUCAGGGGACCAGUCCACAGCAUCCAACUCCGGCCAUUCCUCCUCGUCCUCUUCUUCUCAGAGCCUGAAUUCUGCUCCUGGUGCUUUAGGUUCCACCCCCUCCACCAUGUCCUCCUCCUCUUCCUCGUCAUCGGGGCAGGCGCCUCAGUCUGUCCAAUCCCCGUCACCAGCACUGCUGCAGGACCCAGCCCUCCUGCAUCAGCUCCUCCCAGCGCUACAGGCUACUCUGCAGAUGAACAACGGCAGUAUGGACAUGGCUAAACUCAAUGAGGUCUUGGCAGCUGCUGUCACCCAAGCUUCCUUGCGGUCUGUGCUUCAUAAGCUCCUCACUGCUGGACCUGCUUUCAACGUCACUGCUCUGCUCUCAGCUGCUCAGCACUCCAACCAAGCCCAGCACUCCAGUCAGUCCCCUGUCUCUCUGACGUCGGAUGCAUCAUCACCGCGGCCGUACGUCUCACCACGGAACGGCACACCGCAGAGCAACCAGAAAUCCCUUCUGGGCGUGCACCCUGGCAGCAUCACAUCCUCACAAACAAGGGGCAGUAUGUCUUCAGGUAAACAAGGAUCAGUCCCCCUGUCUCAGACCACAGAGAAGCGUCCAGAGGACCCCAGAACUCUGCAGCAGAGAAGCCAGGAGAUUCUGUGCACGGGAUCAAAUGUAUCUGGAGCUGCGUUGGCCCAUGUCUCCUCCAGCAGCACCAGCCAAACCCAAGCCGACGCCCCCGGCUCCUUCACUCCCACCCUGGCAGCUCAUUUUGAUGAGAACCUCAUCAGACAUAUCCAAGGAUGGCCUUCAGAGAACACUGAGAAACAGGCGGCUCGGUUGCGUGAGGACAUCCACAACAUGGGCAGCUUGUACAUGUCUGAGAUCUGCACAGAGAUGAAAAACCUCCGCUCCCUGGUCAGAGUAUGUGAAAUUCAGGCCACGCUGAGGGAACAGAGAAUCCUGUUUCUGAGGCAGCAGAGCAAAGAGCUGGACAAGCUGAAGAACCAGAACUCCUACAUGGUGUGAGGACCAGAGAAGAAAAGGACUGGGAUGGAUGGACUAAAAUUAUGAUUGGAAAAAGAUGAGUAGACAUGGACAGGCAAGCUGCUACAGCCUGUUUAUUCUCCCUACAAGAGCAACUGAGAAAAGCUGUUAGAAGACAAAUACAACAGCGGCUGACAAGGUGAAGCUCCAUCAUCCCGAACAUGUCUUUUCUUUUUUUUAAAUUAGUUUUUUCCAGUGUCCACCACAUGAAUUGCUCUCGCUGAAAGGUGAAACUGACAGUUCGCAGAGUCGGACACUUUAACCAGUGGACAUAGAGGACCUGAGGCUCUUUUCAAACAGCACCUUUUCGGACUGUGAACCUUGGAUUGUGUGUAUUGUAAUGGGUUAACUUGUUUUCUGGUGUGUUUUGAUGUGUAGUGGUCAGGAAAAGAUUAAUUCUUGGGAAAAUGAACUAAAACAAACCAUCUCAUAAUAAUUGGUGUGACACAAUUCCCGGGGGGGUGUUUGAACAAACUUGUUCGCUCCCCCAUCUUCUGAAAUGGACUUUGUCAUGCAUUGAAAUGUAUGGAUUCAAUGGCAGUGAUGUUACUAAUGUUAUUUUUUAUUCACUAUACUUGUCAGUGGUUUUGCCAUCCCAGUGUGUCUUCAAGCUGGUUGGUUUUACAUGUCUUGGGAUUAGCGAAGACCUUUGGCGAGACAUUUCUGAAAAUACUUAAUUGUGCUUCAGUUAUUUUGUCCCAGUUGAUGGGAAUCUGCGUUAUGGUUCCAGUGGUACAAAUUCACUGAGAAGUUAUGGCUAGUCAAACACACUCCACAUGUUUCAAAGCCAUUUUUAAAAAGCCUACAUUAUUGGACCUAGGUUGGCUGCUAGUGCAUAUGAGGUUAUAUUCAUUUGUAGCCCAUUUUCUUAUCCCUUCUGCUAUUUGUCUUUUUUUUUGUAUAAUUGUCAACAUUUUGUUAUUCUCCCAAGUCCGACUGGGGAAAUAUUUCAUUCCUUUUGUGCAGCUUUGCAAGAGAUUGUGUAAAAGAAUAGAAAACCGACUGAAUUUACAGUCAUGUAAAGCUAAAUUAUUGUUGCACAUGACUGAUUACAUCCUUGUAGUCAUAAUGGAAAAAGACCAAUGGAAAGACGAUUUAUUUUUUCAAAAAGGAAACUCGUGUUUUGUUUAAUCAUUUUUGUUCAGUUGUCAUGGCUGCGGCCCUUUUAUCAAGUGACUCUAGCCAGAUUUGGCUGCUUUUUUUUUUUUUUUUAAGGGUUCAUUCAUGAUAAGAGGGUAUACUUUUUAUAUGAACAUCACAUUUAACUGCAGUCGUACACUUCUACACCCAUAAAGCAACUUCCUUUGUCUCA